GCCCCUGCCUCCUCGCUACGGGUUAGUUCGCAGCCCAGCCCGGGCCGAUGUUGGAGCUACCCGGAGCCCAGGCGUGCGCUGGGGCGCUCGCGGGCGCCCUCCUUCUGCUGCUGUUCGUGCUGGUGGUCCGCCAGCUCCUGAGGCAGAGACGGCCGGCGGGCUUCCCCCCGGGUCCUCCGCGGCUGCCAUUUAUAGGCAACAUCUGCUCCCUGGCCUUGUCCGCCGAUCUUCCUCACGUCUACAUGAGGAAGCAGAGCCGGGUGUACGGCGAGAUUUUCAGUUUAGAUCUUGGAGGCAUAUCAACUGUGGUUCUAAAUGGCUAUGAUGUAGUAAAGGAAUGCCUUGUUCAUCAAAGUGAAAUUUUUGCAGAUAGACCAUGCCUUCCUUUAUUCAUGAAGAUGACAAACAUGGGAGGCUUACUCAAUUCCAGAUAUGGCAGAGGAUGGAUUGAUCACAGAAGAUUGGCUGUUAACAGCUUUCAUUAUUUUGGAAGUGGCCAAAAAUCUUUUGAAUCUAAAAUCUUAGAAGAAACUUGGUGUUUAAUUGAUGCUAUUGAAACCUACAAAGGUAGACCUUUUGACCUCAAGCAACUGAUAACAAAUGCUGUUUCAAAUAUAACUAACCUUAUCCUUUUUGGAGAACGAUUCACUUAUGAAGAUACUGAUUUUCAGCAUAUGAUUGAGUUAUUUAGUGAGAAUGUGGAACUAGCUGCCAGUGCUCCGGUCUUCCUUUAUAAUGCAUUUCCAUGGAUUGGCAUCUUACCUUUUGGAAAACAUCGAAGGUUAUUUAGAAAUGCAGAUGUGGUCUAUGAUUUCCUCUCUAGACUAAUUGAAAAAGCUGCAGUCAAUAGAAAGCCUCAUUUACCUCACCAUUUUGUUGAUGCCUAUUUAGAUGAGAUGGAUCAAGGUCAAAAUGAUCCUUUAUCUACAUUCUCCAAAGAGAAUCUAAUUUUUUCAGUGGGUGAACUCAUCAUUGCUGGAACUGAAACUACAACCAAUGUGCUCCGCUGGGCAAUUCUUUUCAUGGCCCUUUAUCCUAAUAUUCAAGGACAAGUUCAUAAAGAGAUUGAUUUAAUUAUGGGCCACAACAGGAGACCUUCUUGGGAAGACAAAUGCAAAAUGCCUUAUACUGAAGCAGUUUUACAUGAAGUUUUAAGAUUCUGUAAUAUAGUUCCACUAGGGAUUUUCCAUGCAACUUCUGAAGAUGUAGUUGUACGUGGCUAUUCCAUUCCUAAAGGCACAACAGUCAUUACAAAUCUUUAUUCUGUUCACUUUGAUGAAAAGUACUGGAAAGAUCCAGAUAUGUUCUAUCCUGAGCGAUUUCUGGACAGCAAUGGAUAUUUUACUAAAAAGGAAGCUUUGAUUCCUUUUUCUCUAGGGAGAAGACAUUGUCUUGGAGAACAGCUGGCUCGGAUGGAAAUGUUCUUGUUUUUUACAUCAUUGCUUCAGCAAUUUCAUUUGCAUUUUCCACAUGAACUAGUUCCAAACCUUAAGCCCAGGUUGGGCAUGACAUUACAACCCCAGGCCUACCUCAUCUGUGCAGAAAGACGCUGAAAGUGCACAAAUGUAUUGGGGAAUAACCUUGUUGAAUCAAUAAUGGUGUUUGGGCCAAAGCUACGCUUUUAUAAAGCCAAGUGAACACAGAUACACUGU